AUAAGCGAAGGGCGGGAACUGAACGUGGUUACCGCCCCUGCUCUUGCGGUUUUCAAACAGGUCCGUUAAGUUACUAUAAAUACACUAAAGGCGCCCUUAACCUUGUUCGCUGUCGUACAAUUUGCGGCUCCAACAUGUCUGGACGUGGUAAAGGAGGAAAGGGUCUCGGAAAAGGUGGUGCUAAGCGCCAUCGUAAAGUUCUCCGGGAUAAUAUCCAGGGCAUCACUAAGCCUGCCAUUCGUCGUCUGGCCCGCCGUGGUGGUGUUAAGCGGAUCUCUGGGCUUAUCUAUGAGGAGACUCGCGGCGUGCUGAAGGUGUUUCUGGAGAACGUGAUCCGGGACGCGGUCACCUACACCGAGCACGCCAAACGCAAGACUGUCACCGCCAUGGAUGUGGUCUACGCGCUCAAGCGCCAGGGCCGCACCCUUUAUGGCUUCGGCGGCUAAGUUCCAGGCUGCUAUUUGGCAUAGCCGAGUAAAACCAAAGGCCCUUUUCAGGGCCACUUAA